UUUUUUUUUUUUUAAAGCAGUCAGGGGCCGGGGUACCGUUAGCAGGAAAUCAAGCUCCAGUCCCGUUUUAAAGGCGAAACAAAGAAAAACAAAAAAACACUCUCUGCGUGGGUGCAAAUAGUUUUUAUCGAGCUCGAGCUGAAGAAAAGUACCGGUAGCUUCUUCCUCGGGGAGACGGUUAGAGGCGUUUGAACUGGCGCCGUUGUUCUGAUGGGAAAAAGUUUUCUUCUGCUUCUCGCUAACUGGUUUGAUUUAAUAACUUUUUUUCAAUAUAUAUAAAACCUGAACCGGACGUAAAAGAAAGCAAAGAUGCCGAAGACGAUUAGUGUAAGAGUCACCACCAUGGAUGCCGAACUGGAGUUCGCCAUUCAGCCAAAUACAACAGGAAAACAACUCUUUGACCAGGUCGUAAAGACCAUUGGGCUGCGAGAGGUUUGGUACUUUGGACUUCAGUACCAGGAUACAAAGGGUUUCUCCACAUGGCUCAAGCUCAAUAAGAAGGUGACAGCCCAGGAUGUGAGGAAGGAAAGCCCGCUGCUGUUUAAGUUCCGUGCCAAAUUCUUCCCUGAGGAUGUGUCGGAGGAGUUAAUCCAGGAUGCCACACAGCGGCUGUUCUUUCUGCAGGUGAAGGAGGGAAUCUUAAAUGACGACAUCUACUGCCCUCCAGAGACAGCAGUCCUCCUGGCCUCCUACGCAGUGCAGGCCAAGUACGCCGACUACAACAAGGAAGUCCACACACCGGGCUAUCUGUCCAGUGAACAGCUGCUCCCUCAGAGAGUUCUGGACCAGCACAAACUCAACAAGGAUCAGUGGGAGGAGAGGAUUCAAGUGUGGCACGAAGAACACAAGAGCAUGAUUAGAGAGGAAUCCAUGAUGGAGUACCUGAAGAUCGCUCAAGAUCUCGAGAUGUACGGAGUCAACUACUUCAACAUCAAGAAUAAGAAAGGCACAGAACUGUGGUUGGGAGUGGACGCUUUGGGGCUCAAUAUUUACGAACAGAAUGACAAAAUGACACCCAAAAUUGGAUUUCCUUGGAGUGAAAUCAGGAACAUUUCCUUCAAUGACAAGAAGUUUGUCAUUAAACCAAUCGACAAGAAAGCACCUGACUUUGUGUUCUAUGCUCCAAGACUGCGCAUCAACAAGCGCAUUCUGGCUCUGUGCAUGGGCAACCAUGAGCUGUACAUGCGCCGCCGCAAACCCGACACCAUCGAAGUGCAGCAGAUGAAGGCUCAGGCUCGGGAGGAGAAGAACCACAAGAAGAUGGAGAGAGCUCUGCUGGAAAAUGAAAAGAGGAAGCGAGAACUUGCAGAAAAGGAAAAGGAAAAGAUUGAACGGGAAAAGGAGGAAUUGAUGGAGAGAUUAAAGCAGAUUGAGGAGCAGACGAAAAAAGCACAACAAGAGCUGGAGGAACAAACACAGCGAGCUAUGGAUUUGGAGCAGGAGAGGAAGAGAGCUCAGGAGGAGGCUGAACGCCUGGAGAGCGACCUGAAGAGUGCCGAGGACGCCAAGAUGACACUGCUGCAACAGUCAGAGAACCAGAUGAAGAACCAAGAACACCUGGCCACGGAGCUGGCUGAGCUGACUUCGAAGAUUUCCUUGCUGGAGGACGCCAAGAAGAAGAAGGAAGACGAGGCGGUUGAGUGGCAACAGAAGGCUACCACGGUGCAGGAGGAUCUGGAGAAGACCAAAGAAGAGCUCAAAAACAAAGUGAUGUCGGCUCACGUUCAGGCACCACUCGACGCAGAGAACGAGCACGACGAGAACGACGAGAGCAGUGCCGAGGCCAGCGCCGAGUUCACGGCUGCCGCCACGUACAAGGACCGCAGUGAAGAGGAGCGCAUGACCGAGGCUGAGAAGAACGAACGCUUGCAGAAACAUCUACUCGCUUUGAGCUCAGAGUUGGCCAUUGCUCGGGACGAGACCAAGAAGACGGUGAACGACAUGAUCCACGCAGAGAAUAUGAAAGCAGGACGAGACAAGUACAAGACCCUCCGACAGAUCCGGUCAGGAAACACCAAACAGCGCAUCGAUGAGUUCGAAUGCAUGUGAUCUUUGCAUUUCAGCAAUGCGAACGCCCACACAGCUGGGCCACUCUGCCUGAACUGCAGUCCUGCCUCACUCAAGCUGUUUUUUUCUGUAUCCAAAUAAAUCAGAUCCACAACAUGACGUGGUCGCACAAGCACAGCACAAUGUACAAAUUUGGAUCUGGAAAAUAUUUGUUAGCAUUCCUAACUUUGAUUUAGGCGAGUCACUGGUUGAAAAAGGGACAUACUGUAUUUUAUUAGUUCAUUCCACUCAUGGGGUUUAUGUAGCAUAUUAGUAAUGGGCUCACGCCUCAUUUCAUGACACAUUGAGUAAGCAUUUUUAAUUGUUAAAUGUUUGUCACAUUCUUUGAUCAUGAUCUCAAAAUAAAAGGCGUGGAGACCAAUUCAAAUUUGCCUGUAGACACAUUUCUGCAACAGUUUUUCACAGCAAGCUGUAUUUUUUUCAGACAGUAAUAUUUCUUCAAUCUGUCGACUGUAGGUUUAAAACCAAAUGCACUGUAAUCUAAACAAGCAAAUACACAAAAUAUGACCCUGAAGUGUCUGUGGAGCAUUAAAAGAGCAGUAUUAUUUUGUAAAUUUACUUUGCAUUUGACUGUAACUGUUACAAAUCAUACAGUAUUCACACCCAACAUUAUAUUUUUGAACACCUUCACAUCAGUUUGUAAGUAGUUUGCUGUAAUAGAAACUGAAACAAAUGACUUUCCUUUUACAUCUACAUAGAAAAAUCCUGAAUCGUAGACUAAAUGAACUUAAUAUGACAAAAAUCCUAAAAUACAAAAAGGAAAGUCUGGUGUCUGGAAACCAUUUUAAUAACUAGCUAGAUGUUUUUUUUAGCUUAAUACACUGAAGUGAAGUUGCAAAAAAAUCAAGUGAAAAUAAUAUAUAGGCUGUCUUUAUAUCUAAACAGCACAUCUGUAGAAACUCUCAAGUUGUAAAUCAAAUUUUAAAAAAAACAACUGAUAGGAAGUUGAUUUUACUCUUAAUUCUCAUCAGUGAGGAAGUUUGAUAAUCAACAAUUUUUAUUUUGCAUUUAUAUAACCAGUAAAGCAACACAAAACAUACACUGUAAUAGUCAUCUGUAAAGCUAAAAGUUGUAGUUUGUCGUGUUUUCUUCUCAGAAGCAAACUUCCACAAAAUCUUCACAGAAUUUGAUGCAUGAAAUAAAAUGAUUUCAUUAAACAUGCACUGGAGGACCAUAUCUUACAUUUGCAUAAACAAAUCAAAAACAGACUUCAACCAUUUCCAAUGCAUGCAUUUUUUAAAUAUACUGUAUGUAUUUAACUACAUUUGUGUAUUUUGUAAUUUGGAUUUUUCCAGAUGUGAUAAAAUCGUGCGAGGUGAACGAUAGACACCGCUUAGGAUAUUUUUGUAUUGUAAAAUCUCGAAGUACUUGUCAAAGAUAACAGCAUUUUUGUUGUAAACUAAAUCGACGCUGUGAUAGAAGGCUGAUGGAACAAGCAACACCCCGAAGCCUGUGACAGGACCAAUGAAAAGCUACAGGAUAUUAUGAUCAUGUUAUAUCUCUAAAAAAAAAAAAAAAAUCAGGCAACAUACCAUGAAAGGACGUUUUAAACCAAAACAUUUUGUGCCGUUAUUCCAGUUGACAUUCUCCACUCAAGACGUGCGAAGGGUUUUGCUUGUUCUUAGAUACUUAGAAAUUAGUGUUUGAAAGAUUUAUUUACACUAUGAAUGUAUUUUAGUGAUAAAUAUUUCUUUUUAUUUUCUCUUGUUGAAUGAAUAUUUGUCAUUUGUACCAAGAUGCAUUUUUGAUAUACAGUAUUCUUCACCCAUUGCUGCGCAUAGUUCUUGUAUCUGCCAUGAAACAUAAAAACAGAAAAAAUGUAGUUGUUGCUAUUUUGGAUACCUUCCCAUGCCUUUGACAAUAACUUUUUUAAUGCUACACUGUAUGUUCUACCAGAAAGCACCAUGUAUUGACAGAAUCAAGUGUAAUUUGGACUCAAGUCAUCAUGUGUGAAAGAAAUUUAUUAAAAGAUGCUACUCAAUAUUUAGUCUUGAAAUAAUUAAUAUUGUAAAUUGACAGACAGACAGACAGACAGUGCCUUGGCCGUCAUCAUAUCUUGCUGCUUCGAGUCUUCCUUUCACCAAUGAAUAAAAAUCAAAUUACAAAAUU